UUUAUAGGGCCUACAGAGAAAGGUGCAACUGGAUUGAAUAACUUAGGAAAUACCUGUUUUAUGAAUGCUGCUUUACAGUGUGUCAGCAAUACAAGACCAUUAACUUUAUAUUUUACAUUGGAUAAACAUCUGUAUGAACUGAACAGAUCUAAUCCAUUAGGAAUGAAAGGUCAUAUUGCUAAAAGAUAUGGUGAUUUAGUUCAUGAUUUGUGGAGUGGUACUUCAAAAACAAUUGCUCCUUUAAAACUUAGGUGGACUAUUGGAAAAUAUGCACCUAGAUUUAAUGGAUUCCAACAACAUGAUUCGCAAGAAUUACUGGCAUUUCUUAUGGAUGGUCUUCAUGAAGAUCUAAAUAGGGUUCACGAAAAACCUUAUGUAGAACUCAAAGAUAGUGAUGGACGGCCAGAUGAGGAAGUAGCAAAGGAAGCUUGGGAGAAUCACAUCAUUCGCAAUCGCUCAAUAAUAGUAGAUCUUUUUCAUGGCCAGUUGCAAUCUACUGUUACUUGUAAAGUGUGUGGUCACAAUAGUGUGCGUUUUGAUCCAUUCAACUAUUUAUCACUUCCUCUUCCUAUGGAAAGUUGUAUUCAUUUGGAAGUAGUUGUUGUGCGGUUAGAUGGAAGCUUACCUGUGAAAUUUGGUUUAAGAUUAAACCAUGAUGAUAAGUAUUCUGUUCUCAAACAACAACUUAGUAAUUUAUGUGAAAUUCCUCCACAUCAGUUAUUGAUAGCAGAGGUAUCAGGAGCUGUUAUAAAGAGUUUACCUCCUGAUGAUCACAAAAUUCGUAUGAUUAUGAGUGGCUAUUUCUUUGCUUAUGAACUGUCCAAUUGUUCAGAAACUUCUACUUCUGAAGAUGUACGUCAACAUCGAGAACCUCAAACUCUAACUCAGAUUCAAAGAAUACCCCUUUCAGGCGCUGUUUUUCAUUUUUUGUAUGUGAAUAAAAUGUUUUUAAUAAAAACCAUUUAUAUAAUUGAGUUCAAAAUGGGCUUAAAUUGGUUGAAUAUUGCAUAAUGGAAAGGAGAAAUGCAGAGACAUUAAUAAGUUGG